UGUUGCCGAGGCACAGGAAGAAUAAUAUUUAGAUGCUCUUACGGCUAAAAUAGCAAAUUCUCCAACAUUAAUGAAACGAAGGAGUUUAUUUUCGGUGUCUGGCAGUUGACUACUAUAAUGGUGAAGCUGAGGGCGAGAUGUCUGCUACUCGGUAAGGUUAUGAGAUCCUGCAGUGGGGAAAAGUGCCCUAUCUCAUAUAUUCCACAGUGAUGGUACUCUCUUUCAGAAGAACUACAGCAUGACAACCGGAGUGGAGCUGCUGAUGAAAUGUGUCAACAUCCCAGAGACUAAUGACAGUGUGGAGCUCUACAUCAUAGACUCAGCGGGGAAGGAGACAUUAGUGGAAACCUGCGAGAAAAUGUGGGGUGAGCCAUCGUUACUCUGUCUGGUUUUUGACCUGACCAGUGAGCACUCUUUUGCCAACUGUAGCCGCUGGAUGGAGAGAGUCCGUGUCCACUGCCACGGGCUCCAUGUUCCAGGUGUCCUGGUGGGCAACAAGUCAGACCUGUCCACAAGAAGAGAGGUACAGGCAUCCAUGGCCCAGGAAUGGGCCCAGAGCCAGGGCUUAGAGUACCAUGAGACAUCGGCUAAGGAGAUGGAAAACUGUGAUGCGCCGUUCCUCAGUUUAGCCCGGAUCUUCCACUCUCUCUACCACGAGUGUCGGGAGACCAUCCAGAGCCUGAGUCCAGGCUAGAGCCCUUCCCACUAGCACACACACCGCGACUUUUGCCCCAAACGACAGCAGGCACUGGAUUUCCAUUCAGAGAAUUUAAUAAGCUUCAUGGAUAAUGCAUGUGAGGAUGAACCCCUGCAUUCUUUUGUACCACCCAGGCUGCAGUCCCGACAGAGGGUGGCUUGUUCACAAUAAUAUUUUGAUAUGCUGAUGAAUAAAGUUGUUUUUUUGUGACAAUCAGGACUUG